AUGGCUACGCCAAAGUUGUCGCAUUGCUUUAAAUUAAAUUUCUUUUUUCUCAAAAUAUUAGGGAUUUGGCCAGGCAAGAAUUCGCACAGAUACUACAAAUACUAUGCAAUUUUUAUUCUCUGCCUUACUUUUUUCAGUUACAAUUCAUUAAUUGUUGCCAAUAUUUUUUUCACACCGAUGAUAAUUGAAGAAAUGAUCGUAGAAGUCGUCUUUUUGUUUACUCAAUUCACAGUAAUUGGGAAAGUUUUCAUGAUAUAUCUUAAGCGUAAGAAACUUUUAGCCGCUAUAGAUGUAUUAAAUUGCGAAUCUUUUAAAAGCAAAGAUGAGGAUAGCAAAGAAAUUAUCGAAAGACACAAUUUUAAGUACAAAAUGGGGCGGAAAAUAUAUAUGUCUAUAGGACAGAUCUCGUAUUUUGCGAAAGUGUUUAUGCCGAUCUUAAUGCAUUUGAUAUUCAAUUCGCCAUUGGAAUUGCCAAUAUGCAGAUACAAUUUCUUGGACAGUGGAAUUGUUCAACGUUAUUUUACAAUUUUGUUCAUUUACCAGUCAGUUGGAUUGUACUUCAAUAUGAUGUUCAACUUAACUAUUGAUUCGUUGAUCGCUGGAUUAUUAUAUAUGGCUAUAGUACAGGUUAAAGUGGUAAAACAUCAUUUAAAAAAAUUAAGAAUUCUUAAAAAGAAAAAUAGCUUAUCAGAGGAAGAUGAACAAUUCAUUUUACUCAAUAAAUAUUUGAAGUAUUAUGAAAUAAUCCUAAAUUACUGCGAUCUGGUUCAAGACAUCACGGGAAUGAUAAUGUUCAUUCAAUUUUCCUUCACAUCUGUUAUGAUUUGUAUUAUAUUAUGCAGAUUACUUCUGCCGUGGACAGUAGAUUUUUUCUUGUUUCUGAUUACUUAUCUGUGUGCGAUAAAUACAGAAAUAUUUGUUCCAUCCUGGCUUGGAACUGAGCUGAAUUACGAGAGUGCUGAACUAGUCUCUGCGGCUUACAGUAGUGAGUGGAUACCAAGAUCGGAGCGUUUCAAACGAAGCCUUAAACUUUUCAUGACGCGGGCGACCACUAGCAUCACGAUGACAGGCUCGAGGAUUUUCCCACUUAGCCUUGAUACUUAUAUUUCGAUUGUGAAACUUGCGUAUUCAUUCUUCACUCUCAUCCGGAAUUUUCAAGAUUCGCAAGAGAUUACGAGUAUGCGUCAGUUAGAGAGCUUAUCUAUAACCUUAUUUUGCUGGAAACUGCUCGGUAUAUGGCCUGGAGAAAACCCUAGUCGUUUAUACAGAUUCUAUACAAUAUUGUUCUUAUUUUCAACACUGAUAAUAUACGACACAGCACUUGCGGUAAACCUAUUUUAUACACCGAGAAAAAUCGAGAUUUUGCUUCAAGAAGUUACGUUCUUCUUCAACGUAAUGUCUAUCACCACGAAAGUUUUAAUGGUAAUCUUGUACAGAAAAAGAAUCGUAGAGCUUUUAAAAAUAUUAGACGAUGAAAUGUUUCACGGAAAAUGUGGUGCCACGCGUACUAUUUUGGCAGAAGGCACAAACUCUUAUAUUCGAUAUAGAAAUGUGCUUUUGGUAAUGGCUCACUUUGCAUACACUUUCAAUUCAAUUAUUCCAUUCAUUGCGUAUUUGAUCAUACCCGCUUACCAAACAAAAUUUCCUACUUCAAACUAUUAUUUUUUGGACGAAGAUACUAAAAAAUAUUACUUUUCCUUCAUAUAUGGAUAUCAAGCCUUUGGAAUUUACGGAUUAAUGAUGUUUGAUGUAACCGUUGAUACUUUCAUAAAUGGGUGUUUAUUCUUCACAAUAAGUCAAAUAAAAGCUUUAAAUUAUAAAUUGAGCAAUCUUGAACUAGACAAAAGUAUCAAAAAACUAUCAAAAAACUUAAAAGAACAUGCUCAAAUCAUGAAGCUUAAUGAGUGUUUGAGGCAUUACGACUGCAUACUAAAGUAUUGUGCCAAGUUACAGAAUAUAAUAAAUUUUAGUUUGUUUGUUCAAUAUGCAAUGGGAGCGAUGAUUAUUUGUGAACUAUCAUGUAGCCUACUGUUGCCAUUGACAUCAGAAGAAUACACGUUUUUGGUGACUUUUUUAUCAGCAAUGAUAAUGCAAAUCUUUGUGCCAAGUUGGCUUGGAACACAGAUUUCUUAUGAGAGUCAAGAGUUAGUGUUCGCGGCGUACAAUAGCGACUGGAUCCCCAGAACGGAGCCAUUUAAAAAGAGUAUCAAGAUUUUUGUAGAGCGCGCUAACACCCCCAUUGUGAUGGUUGGCUUGAAAAUGUUUCCACUAUCUCUUGAGAUGUUCACAUCAAUCAUGAAAACGGCUUACUCCUUCAUGACCCUUGUAAGAAGCGUGCAGGAUCGAGAGGAAUUACAAUAA